AUGGCGAAAGGAGCCUCGGACGAGGCACCGGCUCAUGUGACUGUGACAGAAGGCCCUUCUACUCAGGCAUGGGACUCAAUCAAGGGCAUAUUCGUCGAAUUGUAUGUACAUCAGGGGAAGAAGCUAUCCGACAUUCAACGCCUCCUAGCUGUCCAGUACGACUUUCACGCGACAGAGAAGGCGUACAAGAGACGCAUAGCGCAGUGGAAAGCAUACAAAAACUACAAGUCCUCGGAAAAGAAAGCAGUCGCAGAGUCGUCGACUCAAUCUCCUGCGAUCCAUCAUGCCAUCCCUUCGGCUCAGCUGCACGGGAAGCAUAUUAAGUGGGAUAGAAUCAAACGCUUCAGUAGAACCCCAGGCGCCAAACGAUCGCGGCGAGCCCCCAGAAUACCACCGAGAGGAGAGAAGAUCCAGCUAGAUCUGCACCUCGACAAUCUGCGCCCAGCCAUAAAUGUUGACGAAAGAGUCCUGUUCCUGACCAAGUCAUACUUGGAUUGGAAUAUCUCCAAAUGGUGUCCUCUCGGAAUCGGCAAGUCCAGGCAAGACUCCGCGCACCAUCAAAGCACGCCCGAAAGCCCAGGAGGGGAACCCUUCGCGCUCUUAUUCAACAAAUGCUUCUACAAUGCCAUCCCUCUGCUUCUGACGAACAGAACGUUGGAGGCCUUCAGAGAAAUCAACCUUGCGUGUAGUCUUGCAACGCGCUGUCUCCAGCUCUCUCCGUAUUGGGUGUUCCUCCGGCUGCUGCGCCUAUACUCGUACCCUCUCUGGAGUCGCUUCCCGGACGUGCGCCGCCAGAUCGUGGGUUUCCUCCAAGCCUUGGCAUCCCGCACCCUUCACCCAGGCCACGCCCUCAAGCCAUUACUGGAGAUGUGGGUGCAGGAGGAAGUGGGAGCCGAUGCAGGCCGGGUAGCCUCUCUGCUUCGACUUUCUUCAGACACGUUCGGCCCAGCAAGCGGACUCGACCCGGAAGAACGGGCGUGGAUUCAGGACGAAAUCUGCUCACUCAACUAUCAGCGGAAGGAGCUGCACGACGCAUUGCGCAUCGCGCGCAGGCUCUCCGAGGAUCCAACCGUGCCCCAUGGCGUUCACAUCACUUCCCGGCAGAUGGUAGCACGGUACCACUUGCAGCAAGGGAACAUCGACGAAGCGGAACCUAUUCUUCUCCAAACACUGAAGACCUGCGCGGAGUGCGACACCGAGGACGAGAAAGCACGGUUCCUUCAGCAGACAUACUCCGAUCUAGGAUACAUUUGCCACGUCAGACAAGAUCGAGCUCGCAGUCUGCAGUAUUAUGAGCGAGCGCUUGAGAAGGCUAUUCAAGUGAACAAUGGCGCGAACACGAACUCUCUACGCUGUCGUGUUGCGACGCUUACGGCGCAGCAUGACGAACCCGUGAGCCACCCCAAUGAACAUCAGGAUAGUAGCUGGGCGCUGUGGGCAAUCUGUCGACCAUAUUCAUGA